AUGCUGCGGCAGGCGCUCCACGGCGGGCUGCGCGCGUCCUGCCGCCGCCUGGGCUUGUUCGUCAGCCGCCACCCGGUCUUCUUCCUGACCGUGCCGGCCGUGCUGACCCUGGUCUUCGGCUUCAGCGCCCUGAGCCGCUUCGAGCCCGAGCGCGACCUGGAGCGCCUGGUGGCCCCCAGCCACAGCCUGGCCAAGAUCGAGCGCACGCUGGCCGACAGCCUCUUCCCGCUGGACCGCGCCAAAGCGCAGCUCUAUUCGGACUUGCACCCGCCGGGACGGUACGGGCGCCUCAUCCUGCUGGCCAAGCCCGGCGCCAAUAUUUUGCACCGCCCGGCCGCGCUGCUGCGGAUCCACCGAGCCGUGCUGGAAAUGAAGGUGAACCACAAAGGCUAUAAUUAUACUUUUUCCCAUCUGUGUGUGUUGAGGAGUCAGGAUAAGAAAUGCGCGCUGGAUGAUAUAAUUUCAGUGCUAGAGGAGCUGUGGCGGGCCACCCUCGCCAAUAAGACAACAGCCAGGGGGCCACUCAGCUAUCCCAACACUAAAUUGAAGGAUGGGAGAAGCAGUUUCAUCGGCCACCAGCUUGGUGGAGUCAUGGAAGUCCCCAACAGCAAGGACCAGCGGGUGAAGUCGGCGAGAGCCAUCCAGAUCACGUACUACCUCCAGACCUACCAUUCGGCUGCCCAGGACCUCAUCGGCGAAAAAUGGGAGAACGAAUUUUGCAAACUGAUGCGCAAACUGCAACUGAGCCAGGAGGACCUGCAACUGUAUGCCCUGGCCUCUUUUAGCCUGUGGAGGGACUUCCAUAGGACCAGCUUCCUGGCCAGGAGCAAGAUUUUGGUGAGCCUCAUGCUGAUCUUGUUGACCGCCAUUCUCUCGAGUUCCAUGAAAGACUGCCUUCGUAGCAAGCCCUUCCUGGGCCUCUUGGGCGUUCUCACCGUCUGCAUCUCCAGUGUCACCGCAGCAGGGAUCUUUUUCAUCACCGACGGGAAGUACAAUUCCACUCUCCUGGGAAUCCCUUUCUUCGCGAUGGGUCACGGGACAAAAGGAGUGUUUGAACUUCUGUCAGGAUGGCGUCGCACCAGAGAGAACUUGCCCUUCAAAGACAGGGUUGCAGAGGCUUACUCGGAUGUCAUGGUCUCCUACACAAUGACAACCUCCUUGUACUUCAUUGCUUUCGGCAUGGGCGCCAGUCCUUUCACCAACAUCGAGGCCGUCAAAAUCUUCUGCCAGAACAUGUGCGUCUCCAUCUUGCUGAACUACUUCUACAUCUUCUCCUUCUUUGGGUCGUGUCUGGUCUUCGCCGGGCAGUUAGAGCAGAACCGGUACCACAGCAUCUUCUGCUGUAAGAUCCCCUCCACAGAAUAUUUGGAGAGGAAGCCUGUUUGGUUCCAAACCAUGAUGAGCGAUGGCCAUCAGCACACUUCUCACCACGAGACAGACCCUUACCAGAACCAUUUUAUCCAACACUUCCUACGGGAACAUUACAACGAGUGGAUUACUAACAUCUACGUCAAGCCAUUCGUGGUGAUUCUGUAUCUUAUCUAUGCCUCUUUCUCGUUUAUGGGCUGCUUGCAGAUUAGCGACGGGGCCAACAUUAUCAACCUCCUCUCCAGUGACUCACCAAGCGUGUCCUACGCCAUUAUCCAGCAGAAGUACUUCAGUAACUACAGCCCAGUAAUAGGCUUCUACAUCUACGAGCCCCUGGAGUACUGGAAUGGCACUGUACAAGACGACUUAAAGAAACUGAGCGAAGGCUUCAACACGCUCUCCUGGCUUCAACAGUAUUACCAGUUUCUGAGAGCUGGCAACAUCAGUGCCGCUAAUAAGAGCGAUUUCCUCAGCAUCCUCCAAAAUUCCUUUUUAAGAAAGCCAGAAUUCCAGCACUUCAAAAACGACAUCAUAUUCUCCAAGGCCGGAGACGAGAAUAGCAUCAUUGCUUCCCGCAUGUAUCUUGUGGCCAGGACAAGUGAAAAAACGCAGAGGGACGUCAUAGAGUUAUUGGAGAAGCUGAGGCCCCUGUCUCUGAAGCAGAGCAUCAAGUUCAUAGUGUUCAACCCGACCUUUGUUUUCAUGGACCAAUACAGUCUAUCAGUGACGAUGCCCGUUUUGAUUUCAGGAUUCGGCAUCUUGCUUGUACUGUUGCUGACUUUCUUCCUGGUUAUUCAUCCUCUGGGGAACUUCUGGUUGAUUCUCACUGUCACUUCCAUAGAGCUGGGUGUCCUGGGCUUGAUGACUUUAUGGAACGUCGACAUGGAUUGCAUUUCUAUUCUGUGCCUUAUUUACACUUUGAAUUUCUCCAUAGAUCACUGUGCACCUCUGCUUUACACAUUUGUACUGGCGACUGAGCACACCCGGACUCAGUGCAUCAAAAGCGCGCUACAAGAACAUGGGACGGCAAUUUUGCAAAACGUUACUUCUUUUCUUAUUGGGUUGGUCCCCCUCCUUUUUGUGCCUUCGAACUUGACCUUCACACUGUUCAAAUGCUUGCUGCUCACCGGCAGUUGCACACUUCUGCACUGUUUUGUUAUUUUGCCCGUCUUUCUAACAUUUUUCCCACCCUCCAAAAAGCACCACAAGAAAAAGAAACGGGCCAAACGAAAGGAGCGGGAAGAGAUUGAGUGCAUAGAAAUCCAAGAGAAUCCUGAUCACGUGACCACGGUCUGA